AUGCCACAAGAACCUACUGUCAUGCCACAAGAACCUACUGUCAUGCCACAAGAACCUACUGUCAUGCCCCAAGAACCUACUGUCAUGCCACAAGACCCAAGAACCUACUGUCAUGCCCCAAGAACCUACUGUCAUGCCACAAGAACCUACUGUCAUGCCACAAGAACCUACUGUCAUGCCCCAAGAACCUACUGUCAUGCCACAAGACCCAAGAACCUACUGUCAUGCCACAAGAACCUACUGUCAUGCCACAAGAACCUACUGUCAUGCCCCAAGAACCUACUGUCAUGCCCCAAGAACCUACUGUCAUGCCACAAGACCCAAGAACCUACUGUCAUGCCCCAAGAACCUACUGUCAUGCCACAAGAACCUACUGUCAUGCCACAAGAACCUACUGUCAUGCCACAAGAACCUACUGUUAUGCCACAAGACCCAAGAACCUACAUGUGUCAACUGGGUCAUUCCACGGACGCUGCACCACAAACCUUACAGUUCUUUGAAUUAUCAAACCUGCUUACUUCUCUUGCCCACUCAGGUUAA